GCGGGAAGCUGGAAAGGCAGCCGCCCCCCCACAGUGAGGAGAAUUAACCCCUUCUCAGCCAAAACCAGCACAUCAUCCCCUCAGUUUGGGGCUGCAUUGCUGCCUCACCUUGAGCAUGGGGUGGGAAAGCUGCCCCCCCCUGCUCCAAUCCCUCCCACUUUAACUGGGAACAGCCGAGGUGCUGGUCCCUGACUGGGAGCUCAGUACCUGCUCGGUGGUGGCAGGGAUGUGGGGAUGCCCAGAGCUCUGGAUGCUGAGAAGGGAGGGAAGGAAGGAAAGAAGGAGGGACAGAGGGAUGGAGGGAGGCGGAUCUUGGCCCUCACCCGGGCGGCAAUGCUGGAAUGAGCUGGGGUCUGGGGUCCAUGGCCUGGAGCCCCAGCCUGCCCUCACCCAGGCGGGGGGCAAGGGAUGCAUGGCUGCCCGCUGCCUCCUCCUCAAUGCCAUGAAGCAGAUCUGCCUCUGUGCCACUGCCUCCUUUGCGAGCCAGGACUGGACGAAGAAUGAUGAGAAGUUCCUGCAAGCCGUGGACUACAAUGAUGCCGGGAGGGUGACAUCUCUCCUCGUCCGCAAGGGCCUGGUCCCCACCAAGCUGGACUUGGAGGGCAAAUCCGUAUUCCACCUGGCCACCAUGCAGGGAAACGUGGACUGCCUGGAAGCCAUGCUGGAUCACGGCAUGGAUGCCAUGAUGAAGGAUAGCUCGGGCUACACGGCCCUGCACCUGGCAUCCAAACAUGGCCACCCGCAGUGUGUCACCAAGCUGUUGCAGGCCUCCUGCCCUGUGGAUGUGGCCAAUGGCAUUGGCCAAACAGCGCUGCACCACGCAGUGGUCAGCGGCUGCAUCUCGUGCUCAGAGAUCCUCUGUGAUUUCAAGGCUCCCUUGAACAUCAAGGACAAGGAUGGCUCCACACCGCUGAUCCUUGCUGCUAAGAUGAGCCACUCAGAGCUGUGCCGGUACCUGCUGCACCAUGGCGCUGCUGUCAACAGCCUGGACCUGCAGGGGAGGACAGCUCUGAUGCUGGCCUGUGAGAACGGCAGUGUGGAGACAGUGGAGGUGCUCGUCAACGCCGGUGCCCGAGUGGCCGCGGUGGACUCCACAGGUCACGAUGCCGCGCACUACAGCCUGGCCACAGGCAACGCUCUCAUCCAGCACUUCCUGCAAGAGGCUGCUCAGCGCUGGUCCUGGGCCAGCGAAGAGGAGUCAACUGAGCAGACGUCCCAGACAUCUUUGCCCAGCCAGUCAUCUGUCAGGGAGAACAGCACCCCGAGGAAGAGGAAAGCGCCUCUCCCUCCCCUGGGCACCCCCAGCCAGGAGGACCGAGACGGCUACAAGGAGAUCGUAUGGCUGCGGCAGGAGCGGGCCCAGUUCUUGCAGAAGAUCCAGAGCUUGGAGCAGCAGGAGAAGCAGAGACGGGAGCGGGCAGAGCUGGACGAGGGUUCCCUGUGCUCCAUGGAGAAGCAGAUCCAGGAGCUGGAGGAGCAGCUGGUGGCACGGGAUGGUGAGAAGGAGUGGCUGGGCAAGGAGGUGGAGGCUCUGUGGAGCCGCUUGUCCUCACUGGAGAACGAGAAGGAGAACACGAACUAUGACAUUGAGACACUGCAGGAUGAGGAGGGAGACCUGCUUGAGUUCCCAGGGGCAGAUCUGCUGCUCUCCAAGAAGACGCUGAGCCCCUCGGCCGAGGAGCUGCUGGCCAUGCUGCAAGGGCAGGUGCAGUCCCUCACCAUGCAGAACAAGGAGCUAAGGGAGAAAAUACAGGUGCUGGGGAACUACGAGCGGAAUGAGAGCAACCCAUCCACCCUGGGGGACUUUGUGCCUGUCAGCCUCUACAAUGCUCUCCAACCCGAGCUGGAGCAGCUGCAGGCAAAGCGCUUGGAGCCCCCGCUGGGCACAGAUGCGAGGGAUGAGGCUGGCAGGCAGCCGGAGGGGCAGACCGGUGCCUCGGAGCAAGCCCUGGAGCAAAUCGGGGAGGGGAGUGCAGCACAGCGGCUCGCUGAGGAGCCAGCCUGGACCUGGGGCAAGUGCAAGGUGGCACUGGGCGAUUUGCGGGUGUCGAACACGCAGAUCUCCUUUUUGGUGGCUGAGCGGGAGGCUGGCACUGAGCUGGCAGAGGCCUGGGCAGCCCUGUGGCAGGCGCAGGUGGUGCUGGAGGAGCAGGAGCAGCGGGUAAAGGAGCUGCAGGCCUAUUUGGAGGCCAGCACAGAGGCCGUGGAGGUGACAGCCUCCCUGGGAGCCUCGCUGGAGGAGGCAUUGAGGGAGAAGGAGGCCUUGCUGGAGCGCUGUGGCCGGGCAGAGGCGGAGGCAGAGGCCCUGCGGCGGGAGCUGGAGGCCAAGAUGCAGGACUGGUGGGCUGCGGGGGGCCCCGAGCCGGAGCUGUGGGUGCUGGAGCAAUGGGUGGCAGAGCUGGUGCGGCAGCAUGAGGAGGUGGGCAGCCUGCAGGAGCAGCUGGCCACCCAGCCGGUGGGGCAGUGGGAGCACGAGGAGGCCCUGGCACGGCUGCAGCAGGCGCAGGCGGAGGCAGAGGGCCAGGUGCCGCAGGAGGAGCACACCCGGGCCACGGCGGCACUGGAGGAGCAGGCGUGGGCGCUGCAGGAGCGGGCAGCCCAGCUGGAGGCAGCAGUGGAGGCCAAGGGGCGCAAGGAUGCCCAGCUGGAGGCCGAGCUGGCAGCGGUGGUGCAGUGGGGAGAGCAUGAGGUGGCGCAGGCAGGGUUGCGGGCCGAGGCAGCUGCACUGGCCCAGCAGCUGGGCAAGCUCUCACGGCGGCAGGAAAAGAUGUGCGAGGAGGUUUUCCGGGUGCAGCGACAGGCGCUCUUCAUGAAGAGCGAACGGUAGGCGGUGGAAGAGCACCUGGCCGCCGCGUAGAAGCAGCUGGUGGAGGCACAGGAUGAGGCGCGGUGUCUGUGGGAGCUCCACGGCCACGUUAGGGACUCGACCUGGUUGGUCAGGGACAGGGACAUGAAGAUCACUGAGCUCUCUAAGGAGGUCUUCAGGCUGAAAGAAGCUCUAAAUGCCCUCCCCGAGUCCUGGGGACAGCCGCAGUCACUCCCCGACACUGCUGCGCUCCAGGCCAGGAUCUGUGUGCUGGAGGAGAAGCUGGUGGAGACAGAAAUGCGGCACAGCAAGGUGGUGACACUGUACCGGAGCCACCUGCUCUAUGCAGUGCAGGGCCACAUGGAUGAGGACGUGCAGCAACUCCUGUGCCAGAUCCUGCAGAUGCAGCGGCUGCAGGAGCAGGGCAGAUGAGUCCCUGCCAGCACGGCAGUGCUGCAGGGGUCGGUGGCACAGCCAGUGACAUGGCUGCGGGGCCAGGCCCGUGAUAGCACCCUCUGUACCCCUUUGCUUCUCCAGGCAGCACCCUGUCACCAGCACAUGCGCACCCACCUGGCCCUGGAGGCCUGUGCCAGCCCCCCCAAGCACCCCAGCACAGCAGCAAUAAAGUAUUUAUACUCA